GCUGCCGGAGUCGCGGGCUCGAGGCCCAGGCCUCACCAUGCCCGGCGUGAAGCUGACCACCCAGGCCUACUGCAAGAUGGUGCUGCACGGGGCCAAAUACCCCCAUUGCGCCGUCAACGGACUCCUUGUAGCCGAGAAGCAGAAGCCCCGCAAAGAGCAGCCGUCGCACGGCGGCCUGAGCUCUCACCAGACCCUCUUCGUGGACUGUAUCCCCCUCUUCCAUGGCACCCUGGCCUUGGCCCCCAUGCUGGAAGUGGCCCUCACCUUGAUUGAUUCAUGGUGCAAAGAUAAUAGCUAUGUGAUUGCUGGUUAUUAUCAAGCUAAUGAACGUAUAAAAGACGCCAGUCCAAAUCAGGUUGCUGAGAAGGUAGCUUCCAGAAUCGCUGAGGGCUUCAAUGACACCGCGCUCAUCAUGGUAGACAACACAAAGUUUACAAUGGAGUGCAUAGAACCUACCAUUCAUGUGUAUGAGCAUCAUGAAAACAAAUGGAGGUGCAGAGAUCCACACUAUGACUAUUGUGAAGACUGGCCAGAAGCCCAGAGAAUCUCAGCAUCUCUCUUGGACAGCAGGUCUUAUGAAACCCUUGUGGAUUUUGAUAACCACCUGGACGACAUCCGAAAUGAUUGGACAAAUCCAGAGAUCAAUAAAGCUGUUCUACACCUAUGUUAGGGAGGGAUUCCACUGACUGAUUUAUGGGCAUUUCCACUACACUGAAGAGGAAAAAAGAAAUAUUUUUAAAUGUAAAUAGAAUAAUAUCUCAUACCUUGUGUGGAAAGGCAGCAGUUUUAAGAAAUGGCAUGUGGCUUCAAAGAGGCAAUGUGUCUAAGCAGUUGUCUUUUUAAAACAAAGAUCUCUAGAGGAGAUACAGACUGUCAAGUCUAGUUAUCCCUGUGGAUUCUUUCCCAGUUGUAUGUUGCUCUAACCUUCAAAAUCAAAGCUAUUUCUGCUUGUCCAAGAUUGUUCCUAUUAAAUGAUUUUAACUAACCUUUUAUAAUCUUGAGAGAAUACUUUUUAAGACUUAUGAACUAUCUUUCCAAAAACAACAAAUCUUAUCCUUUAAUGAAUGUUUUGGGGAAUUUUGAGUCCAUACUAUAAAAUAUAGUCUUAGAACGAGGUGUGAAAAUCUACUAUGGAUACCCUAGUACCAAGCCACUACCCCACACAACUACUUAUGCAAAUUGGGCAUCUCAGUUAGAGCAGUUGAGCAUGUUUGGGAUAGAAGACUAUACUACUUAAAGCAAUAUUUACUCAAAAAGUCACAGUGGGAAUAAAACUACUCUUAAAGUUGUGGGCAGAAACAAGGAUUGUGUCCCAAGAACUCAGCUUAGAGCACAGCAUUAUAGCAAUCAACCAGAAAGCUCUAAAAUCCAGAAACAGUUGGAGACAACAUGGCAUUGUGCUAGGAUUUGAUGCAGUCUCUUUCUGGUUUUUGAAAAACAUUAAGCAUUCCUCACUUGCAUGAUCAUCCAAAUAAUUCUAACAAAUUUCUUCAAAAUAAUUGCCAUUGCUUUUGUAUUUAGAGCAAAAACUUCAGAUCAUAAAUCUGAACGAGAAAAUGAAUGUAUCUUUUUUAUCAGUUUGGUGGUUUCUAACAAAAUCUUACAAAAGGGAUGGGAAACUUUAUAGCACCAUUGCAUUUAUUGUUCCUUUUUCUAGUACUUAUUUUGUACAGUGUUCAAUGUACUUUCCUAUUGUCAGUCUCCUCUUACUACGUUGAGAAAACUUGUAACAGUUGACUGAACCUAAUGAUCUUUGAAAAGGGUUCACUUUAUAGCAUUCGGUAUUUUACUCUAACCAGUAAAAAAUCAUUUGGACCAUCAUAUUCAAGAAGCAUGCUUUAGUCUAUGACCUCUUAGGGUCAUAGAUUUAGACCUGGAGAGGACCUUAGGAAAUUCCUCUAGUCCAAACCCUCAUUUUUACAAAUGAGGAAACUGAGGGCUCGGAAGGAUAAGCUAUUUGCCAAAGGUCACAUGGGUAUUAAGUGGCAAACACAGUUCCUUGGACCCCAAAUCCAGUAAUCUUGACCACACACCAUGUUUUUGCAGAUGUUAUUUCCCUCUUCUUCCCUUUCCUCGGCUCUCAGCUUUUUCAUUCCAUAAAGAAUAGCUUUCUAUAUAGGGUAUUAUGGUUAUAGAGCCCUCUGUAUUCAUUAUCUUAUUUGAAACUUACAGGCACCUGUGAGGUCAGCUGAGCUGUUAACAGGACCUUCAAUCUGUAAACGAAGAAAUAGGCUCUUGGAGAGAUUGUGUGAUUUACCCACGCUCACACAGAGUUAUUAAGUAUAGCAGAGUUGGGACUCCAAUCUGACCUCUGAACUCCUUGUCCAGUGUUCUUUCCAUUACACCGUGCUACCUCUCUACAGCCAUGAAAUAAACCUAUUUCAUGUGAGGAACAAAUAUAAAAAUUUCUGGACACAAAAGAGAGUUAUAUCAAUGAACUUAAUCUGCACUCAGAUGCCAAGAAUACCACAAGUGGGAUAUUUUAAAUGAAUCUGUUCCUGGUGGGUUUGUUUGUUUGUUUCAAAAAGGGGGCGGGGGGGGGGGGGGGGGAAUCACCAUAUCAAACUUUGUUUUUUAGAAACUAGAAUAUGCUACAGGUCAAGGCUAAAAGGAAUUGACAGAACUGUUUUGACCAUUUUUGUUUUUACAUAAGAAUUAGUUUGAAGGCAUGUAAAAAAAAACUAAUGUGAUGAGUAUAUUAAUCUUUUUUCCAGAGGGUCCAUAUGUUUAAAGUUAAAUAGAGAAAAGAUAAAAUACAAAUAUACAAAGAAGCAAAAACAAUAAGAAGGUUUGACUUUACCCUAUGAAGUUAGAAAAGGUAAAUACUAAAGAGUUAGAGAGUUUAUAGUGUCACUACCACCCUCAAAUGGCCUAGAAAAAAAUAUAUAACUUAAUUGGAAUUCAAGAAAUUACCUUCUAGCAAUUAGGAGUUUCCAAGAGUGAAAUAAACAUGUACAGGGAGGUAGUGUCUGGAUGUUCAAUCAGAGCAAUUAAUUGUCUGUUAGAACUACAUAGAUAUCUAUUCCCACCUCCCCCCAAGGGAAGGAUGUCAGUAAAUGAUAGCUAGAUAUAGUCUAAGAGGAAAGAGCUCCAGGCUAGGACCCUAAAGCCCCAGGACCUCUCAACUAAUUUUGUGAUCUAGGACAAAGGCCUUCUAAUAAACUGUCCCAAGCAUUGAACUAGAUGGCAUGAGGUCUCUUCCAUCUCUACCUCUCUGAUUUUGUGAGGGCUCUGAGAUCCCUUCUAACCUGGAUCCUAACAGUUAAAAUUGGUUCUGUUCAGAAUAUACCUCAGCACACCUCUAGUUGGGAAGUCUGCUGUUUUUCCUCUAAAAUAAUUUCCACUUAUUUUGUCUUUUAAGGCUGCUUCCUCAGCUAUUUCCUUUUAUGUAAUUAACUGAUUUGACUUAAGAGUUUACUUUUCAGAUAGAUGAAUGGUAUCAUGGAAAACUUUGUCUCCAGAUGCUUUUUCUAAAUUUAUUACCUAAACUUUUUUUGUUUUUGCUCCUUUAAAAACAACUUAUUUGCUUUUGAAAAUGCAAUCCCUUUGAUUUGAGCUCCUGAAGUCCUAAUCUCCUAUAGCAUCAGAACUGUUGCUAUGGUAGCUUUUUGUGAAAUUGGAGUAAAGAACAGGAAAAAAAAUGGCAAAAUUAUAUGGGUGGAUAAAGAGAUCCUCAGAUGUUAUUCAUGAUUUUAGGAAACGGAGUUGGCCUUAAUACUAGAUUUCCAUUUUUAUUAAUUGACAUUUCUAAGAUCAGAUCUUACUCCCUUGUAAGUACUAAAAAACAUUUCAGUAAAAACAAAACUGGCAGAAAAUGCUGCAUAUGUGACUCUUGCCAAAUCCUCGUGUAUGUGUGUAUGUGUGUGAGUGUAUUGUGAUUUGUCAAAAUCAUUUCCCCUUUCAGAAGCCAAAGGAUGCCUUUUUUUAAUCCUCAAGAUUUUUACUUAUUCCUCCUUCAAACUUUGAUUACUACUAUGGAAUAUAUAUGAAUGAAAUGUAAUCGAGCAUUAUUUCUUCGAAAGAGAGAAUGAGCAUAUGGCAUACUUGUUCUUUAUAUAAUAUGGUGAAAAGAUAACUCAUGGAGGGAGGCAUUUUCAUUAUGCACACAGUGAAAUACUGCUAUAGGUAAAGUCAGCCUUACCAUUGUCGAUUAGUAAAAUGUAGAACUACCAAGUAAUUCUGUCAUAUGCUCCAGUCAGUAUUUGGCAUUGUCUUUAGCUACAUUCCUUCAGAAGUAAAAGGGGACUAUUUUAAUCUGAGCCACGGACAAACAGUGCGGAGUACUUGGCAUUAUUCUGUAAGAAACCUUGGACUUGGACUUUUGUUAACAUCUUGUAAAUCGAAAAUGUGCUUCUCAAUACAGUAAAUUACACCACUAUUUAUUUAACAAAACUGUAUAACAAUAAAUAACUUUGUUCCCUUCA